AUGCCCUCCCUUAAGCGCGGCCGUACGGAGUCGUUCGUCGACGCCGUGCUAGCCGCGGCCGACGACGACUCCGCCGCUGCCGCCGCUCCUGCCCGCGCCGCUGCCACCGCUCCCACCGCCGCCGCCGCCGCCUCUACUACGCUAUUCGCUCUCACGUCGCCCCUUAGGGUAACGACGCCGUCCCCGCCGCUACCCGUGACGCCCGGCCCAUCGGCCCCCGCCUCCGUCUCCGCCACCCCCAAGGCCGGCUCGUACGGGCAGGCGCGGGGGGCUACUAAGAAGCGCCUUACCGCCGCCGCCGCCGCCUACCGUAACCUCCGCGCCCUCGAUGUUACGACCACGGUCCAGCGAACCGCGGGGACUAAUACAUAUCACGAGGUCACGUGA